AUGGAUUUUAUACCAAAAGAUAAAGUGUUAAAAGUAAACUCAGACACAUUGCAACAUAUAAGAGAAGAAAUCAAUUUAGGGAAACCGGGAGAGAUGAAGAAGGCUGUUGAUAUAUUGAAAGAAUGGUUACAGCAGCAACCGCAUAUUAAAAAGAAAAAUUUCACUGAUCAUUUCAUAGAGGCAACGGUGGUAACAGCAAAGGGAUCUAUAGAAGGUGCUAAAAAGCAAAUUGAUAGUGCAUGUACUAUGAGGACUAUGUUACCACACUUCUUUGGUGUCACCGAUUUUACCAAAGACUUUGCGAAUGUCUUCGAUAUUGGAUCAGCCAUCGUUAUGCCGAAGCUCACAGAAAAACAUCACAGAAUAUUUGUGUUAAAAAGUAAAGGCCCUAUCACGAGUUCGGCGCAGUUGCUUAACUUUUACAGAUUCGGAAUAUGUCUUGGAGAAUACAUGAAAGCACACGACUACGUUGCAAGUUAUCAAUGCAUUUUUGAUAUACGCUUGGCAAAUGUUUCUGAUGUUAUAAAAAAUUUGAACCCAAUGGAUUUACGUCAAAUAAUUACAAUUAUUGUUGAAUGCUAUGGAUUACGAAUAAAAGGACUUCACAUUGUGUCAAAUUCAAAGGUAGUGGAUACUUUAAUUGCUAUUUUGAAAACGCUAUUAAAACCGAAGAUAAUACAGCGGCUACAGCAUCACAAAGAUUGUGAUAGUCUCGUACAGCUUUUUGGAAAGGAAUAUUUACCAGAAGAUUUAGGCGGUACUGAGCCAUCUGUAAAAGACUUGAGAGAGGCAUGGGCAGAAGUUUUGCAUGCACCAGAGUUUACAGAGUAUAUUCGAGAUAUGGACAAUGCCAAGACUGAUGAAAGGUUCCGGCCGAAAUGUAAAUUUAAUGAGGAAUAUGCGGGAAUGCCUGGAACUUUUAGGGUUUUAAGUGUAGAUUAA